UCAUUUCUCAUACGCCCUUCCUAUUGGAUGCCGGCCUCUCAUGGGGGCGGGCGCCGCUGGGGGCGCGGAAGCAGCCGCAGGCAUGGCGGCGGCCAUGCCGCUCGCUCUGGUGGUGCUGCUGCUCCUGGGCCCUGGCGGCCCGGCCCUUGCAGAACCCCCACGCGACAGCCUGCGAGAAGAGCUUGUCAUCACCCCGCUGCCUUCGGGGGACGUAGCCGCUACAUUCCAGUUCCGCACACGCUGGGAUUCGGAGCUGCAGCGCAAAGGAGUGUCUCAUUACAGGCUCUUCCCCAAAGCUCUGGGCCAAUUGAUCUCCAAGUAUUCUCUACGGGAGCUGCACCUGUCAUUCACACAAGGCUUUUGGAGGACCCGUUACUGGGGGCCUCCCUUCCUGCAGGCCCCAUCAGGUGCAGAGCUCUGGGUCUGGUUCCAAAACACUGUCACUGAUGUGGAUAAAUCUUGGAAGGAGCUCAGUAAUGUCCUCUCAGGGAUCUUCUGUGCCUCUCUCAACUUCAUCGAUUCCACCAACACGGUCACUCCCACUGCCUCCUUCAAACCCCUGGGGCUGGCCAAUGACACUGAUCACUACUUCCUGCGCUAUGCUGUGCUGCCGAGGGAGGUUGUCUGCACCGAGAACCUCACCCCGUGGAAGAAGCUCUUGCCCUGUAGUUCCAAGGCAGGCCUCUCUGUGCUGCUGAAGGCGGAUCGCUUGUUCCACACCAGCUACCAUUCACAGGCAGUGCAUAUCCGCCCUGUUUGCAGAAACACACGCUGUACCAGCAUCUCCUGGGAGCUGAGGCAGACCCUUUCGGUUGUAUUCGAUGCCUUCAUCACGGGGCAGGGCAAGAAAGACUGGUCCCUCUUCCGAAUGUUCUCCCGGACCCUCACAGAGCCCUGCCCUCUGGCGUCAGAGAGCCGAGUCUAUGUGGACAUCACCAACUACAGCCAGGACAAUGAGACAUUGGAGGUGAACCCACCCCCCACCACUACAUACCAGGAUGUCAUCCUGGGCACUCGGAGGACCUAUGCCGUCUAUGACUUGCUUGACAGGGCCAUGAUCAACAACUCCCGCAACCUCAACCUCCAGCUCAAGUGGAAGAAACCGCCAGAGAAUGAGGCCCCUCUGGUGCCCUUCCUGCACGCCCAGCGCUACGUGAGCGGCUACGGGCUGCAGAAGGGGGAGCUGAGCACGCUGCUGUACAACACCCACCCCUACCGGGCCUUCCCCGUGCUGCUACUGGACUCCGUGCCCUGGUAUCUGCGGCUGUAUGUGCACACCCUCACCAUCACCUCCAAGGGCAAGGAGAACAAACCAAGUUACAUCCACUACCAGCCUGCCCAGGACCGGCUACAGCCCCACCUCCUGGAGAUGCUGAUUCAGCUGCCAGCCAACUCGGUCACCAAGGUCUCCAUCCAGUUUGAGCGGGCGCUGCUCAAGUGGACCGAGUACACCCCGGACCCCAACCACGGCUUCUAUGUCAGCCCAUCUGUCCUCAGCGCCCUUGUGCCCAGCAUGGUAGCAGCCAAACCAGUGGACUGGGAAGAGAGUCCCCUCUUCAACACCCUGUUCCCAGUCUCUGACGGCUCUAGCUACUUUGUGCGACUCUACACGGAGCCGCUGCUGGUGAACCUGCCGACACCGGACUUCAGCAUGCCCUACAACGUGAUCUGCCUCACGUGCACCGUGGUGGCCGUGUGCUAUGGCUCCUUCUACAAUCUCCUCACCCGGACCUUCCACAUCGAGGAGCCCAGCACGGGCGGCCUGGCCAAGCGGCUGGCCAACCUCAUCCGGCGCGCCCGAGGUGUGCCCCCGCUCUGAGGCCCGCCCUCUUCAGCAGCUGCUGUUUCUCUUUGAGAGGCUUGGUGGUGACCCCAGGGGCUCUUUCUACCACUCGCUCUCCCCAGAGUUGGCUUUUGAACCAACUGCCCCUGGACCACGCCAGGGCCUAGAGCUGCGCUGUCUAGUCCAGUAGCCACAAGCCAAAUGUGACAUUUGAAUUUAAACUAAUUUAAACUAGAAAUUCAUUUCCUCAGCUGUAGCGGCCACAGUUGAAGUGCUCAAUAACCAAGAGUGGUUGGUGGCUACUGUAUGGGACAGCGCAGAAAAGCACUUCCAUCUCUGCAGGAGGUGUUACUGCACAGCACUGGCCUGGGUGACAGGGUGUGCUGAGGAGUCUGUGUCGCUGUGUGGUGGGUGGGAUUUACUUGUGGAAUAAAAAUCAGCUGCUUCCUUGG